AUGCGCUACUUCUCCCCAAGUUCCCUGUUUCUCUCGCUCUUCCCACGCGGAGCCAGGACGGCAGCGAGAAGAUGGAGCAAAGGAAACUCUGCGUACCGCACGGCCUCCACGAAUGCACUUGUGUACGACUCCUUCGGACAGCCCGAGAAAGUUGUCAAAUUAGAGAGGAAUUUUCCAGUGGCAAGUAUUGGGUCAGAGGACGUUGCCGUGGAGAUGCUUGCCUGUCCAAUCAACCCUUCAGAUAUAAACAUAAUUCAAGGAAUUUAUCCGUUGAAGCCAGAGCUGCCGGGUGUGGGAGGAGGGGAGGGUGUGGGAGUGGUGAGGGAGACUGGGGAGGGUGUGACGAGUGUGAGGAGUGGGGAUUGGGUCAUCCCUGCAGGACCGUCACUCGGUACGUGGCGUGGGCUGAUAGUAGCACCAGAGAAGAGGUUUGUGAAGGUGGAUUCCAACGUGGGUCUCGACAUUGCAGCAACACUCUCCGUCAAUCCUCCUACUGCCUACCGCAUGCUGAAAGACUUUGUCAGCCUUCAACCAGGAGACAGUGUCAUUCAGAAUGGAGGCAACAGUGGGGUGGGGCUGAGUGUGGCUCAGUUGGCCAAGGCCUGGGGACUUGGCUGCAUCAGUAUCGUCAGAGACAGACCAGGUCUGGAGGAUCUGGUGAAAAGAAUGAAAUCUUUCGGAGCCACUGAAGUAGUGACUGAAGAUUUCGCUGCCUCUCAUCGCAUGAAAGACCUUCUCGCACAAUACAAGACUCCCAAGUUGGCAUUCAACUGUGUUGGUGGGAAAAGUUCCACAACCCUUCUCAAACAUCUCAGUGAUGGAGGAGUGAUGGUGAACUAUGGAGGGAUGGGCAAGCAACCAGUUACUGUGCCAGUGGGAUACCUGAUAUUCAAGGAUGUGAAAGUGGUAGGCUACUGGAACUCCAAGUGGUUGGAGAGAAAUCUGCACAACCCUCUGCACCAGUCAAUGAUGGAGGAUCUCUGUCAGCUGGCUCUGUCGGGCCACCUCCAGGCCCCGCCCACCACCCACCAUCCUCUCUCGGACUACAAGACUGCUCUAGUCAGAUCCAUGGAGCCUUACGUCGGCAGCAAACAGAUCAUUCUCAUGAACCAUUGACUUCAUUGGUUGGUUUAUCAUAUUUCAGAAAUUCUGGUUUCUCGUACAUUUUCCUGGAAAUUUCUCAAUUAAGCAGGUAGCUAAUACAGUACAGAUGCACCCGCACUGUAAUCGAGCAAUGUUUUACAGAAACAAUUAUUUAGGCUGCACGCAUUGAUGUGUGAGCGCUCUUCUAUUCGGCAAGACGAGGCAAGAAAAUAAAAUUACUAUCUCACUAGCUAGUUCUAAUAAUAAUGUCUCUUGAAAAGAAUGUUCCGUGUCGUCUGCGCCAAUUUUUCAGCGACUGCACACGACGCAGGUUACUUCUCUCUGUUCGUCGUACGGCGGACAGGGCAGACUGCCGCAGCGAGGCUCCACGUGGUAGAACAACGCUCCGUCGUCGUCUCCCUCUCUGUCAAUAUCCUGCUCGCGCUGAGGCAGAAUGUCGGGCGAUGCGUCCACGCACUCGAACGUCGAUCGUCUGUUCUUGUGGCGUUCGGACAUGAGGUAACCGUGGUACUCCCUCCUCCACCCGAGAGGGCAGAUGUACGUUCCCGGGAUCAUCACGACGGCUCCCCGCGUUACGUAACACACGGCGCACGCGACGUUCUGAUUGGUCAGCGGUAGACUAGCCGGUGGCACGUUUCCCCAGACCUCAAACUCAGUUCCAUAUAUGUACCCGGCAUCCUCGCGCCCGCCUUUGCCGCCCAAGUCGAAAUGGGCCGGUUGAUUGGUGAGACAUUGGUAAUUUCCGCCUCCCCCUUCGUAGUGAUGGCUGCUGGCUGCAGUUCCGUUGUAAAUUAUUUCGGUUCCGUCUGUGUCUGGGCACGUUCUCUUCCCCCACCUCACGUAGGUCGCGCCACCUCCGUCUCCCCUGUCACCUUUUGCUCCAACUACACUAUCUCCUCUCUCUCCUUUGCUUCCGGUGAAACCAGUCUGUCCUGUUGGUCCAGGUGCUCCUAUCUCUCCUUUGAUCCCCACGUCACCUCUUGAUCCUCUGUCUCCCGGUGCACCUGGUUCCCCCCUUGGUCCUGCUGGUCCGAUGUCGCCUGGUCCCCCUCGAUCCCCUCGGUCUCCUUUCGCCCCGAUUGGUCCUGGGUCCCCUGGUACAGCGGGGCCCGG